GGCUGCACUUCGGGAUGCCCGCCAGUUUGGACGGCCGCCUUCCCGGAGGAUCGGGCUACUACCCCCGACGGCUCUCUUUCUCCCUCCCCUGCUGCAGCCAGGAAAUGCCUGCGAAGGCCGGCUGGGGGGAGCCUCGGGUGGGGAGAGUGUGGCUGGGCAGGUCCCGCUUUCCGGCUGCCCGUCUGGGCAUCUGGCUGGUCCCUGUGAGGACGGGGUGCUGGACGGGGACGGCCACUGGACGGACCCAGCGGCCAGGCUGUUUUGAUGUCAAGAGGGGACUGGGCCAGGGCUGGCCCCAGACUUCGGGAGGCUGGGGGCCCGGGGCCAGUAAUGCCCCCCAAACAAACACGUGCCUCCAGCACGGCCAUGGCCCCCCAUUUCUCCGCCGCUGCUGUGAUAGCGGGAUGGCAUCAGCAGCGUAUUCUGGAUCUUCCUCUCUUUGGGAUGGAGGGGGAAACACUCUUAGCAAGAGCCUGGUGACCUUUGAGGAGUUGGCCUUAUAUUUCUCUGAGGAGGAAUGGGCCCUGCUGGAUCCAGGCCAGAGAGCUCUUUACGAGGAGGUCAUGGUGGAGCUCUAUGAGAUGAUAACUUCUUUGGGAAAUGUCCAGGGUAUCAUGGCUGAGGGGGAACCAUUAGAAGUGUCACCAGAAAUUGCUGAGGAGGAGAAGGAGGAACGGAAAUUGGGGAGUCAAGAUGUAGCAAAGAGACAAGCGGGGAGAGAAACGCAGAAACUGGGGGAUGAACCCAGAGUUUCAAAGGGUGGUGAAUAUAACAUUAAGUGGGAAACUCAUCAUAUAAAGAAAAUGUCUCCUGAUUGCAGUAAAAUCUUAAGUUGUGAAAAAACACUACAUAUGCAUCAACGACAACAUAUGACAGAGAAACAAUACAAAGUCUUGAAAUGUGGGAAGAGGUUUUUUGAUAAAUCAAGUCUUCCUAGUCAUCAGACAGUUCAUGCCAGAGAGAAACCAAAUGCAUCCUUAGAUUGGUUGGAAAGUAUCAGUCUGAGUCGAUGUAUUGCUUCCAGUAAAGAAAACCAUAUAGGGGAGAAACCAAAUAAAUUCUCCGGAGGUGGCAAGAGCUCUUCUGACCAGUCCACAAUUGAUAGCCAUGAGAGAAUCUACAAAGCAGAGAUUGCAUCUAAAUGCUUGGAGUGUGGUAGAAACCUUAGGCAAGAUGAUCAACUGGGCGGACAUCAGGGAAGUCAUACUGAGGGAAAACCAGAUACAUGCCCUGACUGUGGGAAAUGUUUCAGCCAGAGAUAUAAUCCGAAAAGAUAUCAGAAGAGUCCCGCAGAAAGAGAGAAACCAUAUAAAUGCCUGGAGUGUGGAAAGAGCUUCAAUCACAGUGGCAACCUUACUAAACAUGAAAGAACUCACACAGGGGUCAAACCUUAUAAAUGCUUGGAGUGUGGAAAGCGCUUCAGUCAUAGUAGCAACCUUGCAUCGCAUCAAAGAACUCACACAGGGGUCAAACCUUAUAAAUGCUUGGAGUGUGGAAAAAGCUUCAGUCAAAGCAGCACCUUUACUAAGCAUCAAAGAACUCAUACAGGCGAGAAACCUUUUAAAUGUUUGGAGUGUGGAAAGAGCUUCAGCCAGUACUGCAACCUUAUUUCGCAUCAGAGAACUCAUACAGGAGACAAACCUUAUAAAUGCUUGGAGUGUGGAAAGCGCUUUAGUUAUCACCACCACCUUACUUCGCAUCAAAGAACUCAUAGAGGGGACAAACCUUAUAAAUGCUUGGAGUGUGGAAAGAGAUUCAGUCACCAUCACCACCUUACUACGCAUCAAAGAACUCAUACAGGAGUCAGACCUUAUCAGUGCCUGGAGUGUGGAAAGAACUUCAGUGAGAGUGCCAGCCUUACUUCGCAUCAAAGAACUCAUACAGGGGAAAAACCUUAUAAAUGCUUGGAAUGUGGAAAGAGCUUCUGUCGUCAGCAACAGCUUACAUCACACAAAAGAACUCACACAGGAGACAAACCUCAUAAAUGCAUGGAAUGUGGAAAGAGCUUCAGUCACAGUAACUCCCUUACGUGUCAUCAAAGAACUCAUACAGGGGUCAAACCUUACAAGUGCUUGGAGUGUGGAAAGAGCUUCAGUGAUAGUAGCGCACUUACUAAACAUAAAAUAACUCAUAUAGGCAACAAACCUUAUAAAUGCUUGGAGUGUGGAAAACGUUUUACUCAGAAUAGCACCCUUACUUUGCAUCAAAGAACUCAUACAGGAGACAAACCUUAUCAAUGUUUGGCAUGCGGAAAGAGUUUCCGUCAGCAUCACCAUCUUACUUCGCAUCAAAGAACUCAUACAGGAGAGAAACCUUAUGAAUGCUUGGAGUGUGGAAAGAGCUUCAGUCAGAGUAGUGCCCUUACUUCGCAUCAAAGAACUCAUACAGGGGACAAACCUUAUAAAUGCUUGGAGUGUGGAAAGAGCUUCAGUCAGCAUUGCCACCUUACUACGCAUCAAAGAACUCAUACAGGGAACAAACCUCAUAAAUGCUUGGAGUGUGGAAAGAACUUUAGUGAGAGCAAUAUCCUUACUAAACAUCAAAGAACUCACACGGGACAAACCUGAUAAAUGCUUGGAGUAUGGAAAGAGCUUCAGUAAGAGUAGCAACUUUAUUAAACAUCAUAUAAGUCAUUCAGGGGACACACCCUAUAAAUGCUCAGAGUGUGGAAAGAGCUUUAUACUACAGUCCAACACACUCCCAUGGAAGUCUCAUUGAAUCCAGUGGAGCUUACUUCUGAGUAUUGGAUUGCAGCCAUAGUCGGCAUUGCUACCUUCACAUCAAGGAAUUCAUACUGUGGUCAAAUUUUGUAAAUGCUUACAAGUUUGCCCUUAAAUUAUAGAACCUAUUUCUACAGGUAGUUGUCCGGUGACCUGUCAUUUACUAAUACAGAAGUGAAUCUUUAAUAAGAAAUAGUCUGACGAGAGAAAAGGACAAAUUGAAAUGCAGAAAAGUUGGGGUUCCUGUGUGGAUUGAAGAAAGAAUACAGCCAGUGCUAGAACUCAGUACUAUUAAUUAUUUCUUUGUAGCAUUUGUACCCCACUGUUCAACCAGACAGGGAGAGUCAGGCACCAGUUCUUCAAUAGUAGUUCUGUCUUCUUACCCGUAACAAGGUAUUGCUACUUCUUCCCUUAACUGCAUUUUUGCUUAACAUUGUUUUUUUCUACUUGAUUUUUGCUCUCCAAGACCUUUGCAGCCAGGUGUGGUUUUUUGCCUUCUCUUUCAGCGGAGGGAAUGUCUUGCUUUGAGCUUCUUCAGUUUUGAAAGUAUUUCUGGCCAUUCUUCUGUAAAUCAGUCCUUGUGUGGAGGAGGACCUUUGGCUCACAAACAACUGGACGGAUUUUGGUUUUGUAUUGUUUAUGUGCCUAAGUUUCUUGAAUUAACACUUUUACUGAUUCACAGUUAAGGUUUAUAUUUCACCAUUUUAUUUUUCCUACCUUUCCUCUUCAGCUCUUGUCCAUAGGGCCCUACUUCAUUCAACUUGUUACUGCAUGGAUAGGUAGCUAUCAUAUUCUUUAUUUUGUUAAUAUUUAGGAUAAAUGCCUAUGUAGCUGUAAUAUAGCAAAGCUUGAACUAGUUUGGACUGGUGGAAGGGGGUAAAAUGGAAGUAGAGUUGCUUAUUCGUUAAAAUGAUUAGUAGCUGUGCAUGCCAUAAUCUUUGUCUAAGAACAUAAGAAGAGCCUGCUGGAUCAGGCCAGUGGCCCAUCUAGUCCGGCAUCCUGUUCUCACAGUGGCCAACCAGAUGCCAUCACACGUGUAAAAUAAAUGUAAACACAGUGUGCCUCAGUUCCUCCACCGUAAGAUAACAUGCAAUUUGACAUUUUCUUCCGUUACCAGAUUAUUUGCAGAUUGGGAAAAUCUUGAAAUUAGUGUGUGCGCGUUGCCACUUAAAUGAGCAAGAUGUGUGGAUAUGGGGCGUGAGGGAGGGGGAGAGAGAGACAAGAAGCUUCAAAUCCAUGUUGACAUCAGGGUGGACAAGCCUGCAGUUCAAGUGUAAAUCUUUUGGCACCUCAAAAAUUCUCCACAAGGAAGUAGUUUACGGAUGACUCCAAAGAACUCAUCAGGGAUUUGAGGUUGUAAAGCUGUGUCUAGGCACCAGCUUUUCACCUUGGGCCCGAUAUGGAAUACUCCUCUAUGCUAAGAUAAAUAAAUACA